CGGGGGAGGCCCGGCCCUCUUUGUGGUUGCAGUUGGCAAGAUGGCGCCCGUGGGGGUAGAGAAGAAGCUGCUGCUGGGCCCCAACGGGCCCGCGGUGGCGGGCGCCGGCGACCUGACGACUGAGGAGGAAGAGGGCCAGAGCCUUUGGUCUUCGAUCCUGAGCGAAGUGUCCACCCGCGCCAGGUCUAAGCUGCCGUCGGGCAAGAACAUCCUGGUGUUCGGUGAAGAUGGUUCUGGUAAAACAACCCUCAUGACAAAACUGCAGGGAGCUGAGCAUGGCAAAAAGGGAAGAGGCCUAGAGUAUCUCUACCUCAGCGUCCACGACGAGGACCGUGAUGAUCACACGCGCUGUAAUGUGUGGAUUCUGGAUGGAGACCUGUACCACAAAGGCCUGUUGAAGUUUGCUGUUACUGCUGAAUCUUUACCAGAGACCCUGGUCAUUUUUGUGGCAGACAUGUCUAGGCCCUGGACUGUGAUGGAAUCGCUACAGAAAUGGGCUAGUGUUUUACGUGAGCACAUUGAUAAAAUGAAAAUUCCACCAGAGGAAAUGAGGGAGCUGGAACGAAAGUAUAUGAAAGAUUUUCAAGACUAUAUUGAACCUGAAGAAGGUUGUCAAGGUUCCCCACAGAGAAGGGGCCCUCUCGCCUCAGGACCUGACGAGGAAAACGUAGCCCUGCCUCUCGGUGACAGUGUGCUAACACAUAACCUGGGGAUUCCUGUGUUGGUAGUGUGCACAAAGUGUGAUGCGGUGAGUGUCCUGGAGAAGGAGCACGAUUACAGGGAGGAGCACUUUGACUUCAUCCAGUCACACCUUCGGAGGUUCUGCCUCCAGUAUGGAGCUGCCUUGAUUUACACAUCAGUGAAGGAAGAGAAAAACCUGGACUUGUUGUAUAAGUACAUUGUUCAUAAAACGUACGGUUUCCACUUUGCCACACCUGCCUUAGUUGUGGAAAAGGAUGCAGUUUUUAUACCUGCAGGCUGGGACAAUGAGAAGAAAGUAGCUAUUUUACAUGAAAAUUUCACAACUGUGAAACCAGAAGAUACAUACGAAGACUUUAUUGUGAAGCCUCCUGUGAGAAAGUUAGUCCAUGAGAAAGAGUUGGCAGCAGAAGAUGAGCAGGUGUUUCUGAUGAAGCAACAGUCACUCCUUGCCAAGCAGCCAGCCACGCCCACGAGAGCCUCCGAAUCUCCAGCAAGAGGACCCUCUGGCUCUCCACGAACCCAGGGCCGGGGAGGGCCAGCCAGUGUGCCUAGUGCCUCCCCAGGCACAUCAGUAAAGAAACCGGACCCCAACAUCAAAAAUAACGCAGCAAGUGAAGGGGUGUUGGCCAGCUUCUUCAACAGCUUAUUGAGUAAAAAAACAGGCUCCCCUGGGAGUCCGGGUGCUGGUGGAGUACAGAACUCAGCCAAGAAGUCAGGACAAAAGACUGUGUUGACAAAUGUUCAGGAAGAAUUGGAUAGGAUGACUCGAAAACCAGAUUCCACAGUAACAAACUCUUCAACCGAUAAUGAAGCCUGAUCCUCCUUAAAAAGUGCAUAUGUAAAAUGACCAAAUAACUAUGUAUAUUGAUCUGCUAAGACCAGGAUUUUUCUGAUAUGGCACACGCUAUCUAUCAGUUUUUGGGGGCAGGGGAGUGAAUUCAAAAAACAAAAAACAAAAAAACUACUUCAUUGGCUUGUCCAAGUGUGGAAUGCACAUUUAGGAAGGUUACCUGUGAGACCCCUUUGCUAAGGAUCACCCUUGGACUCUCAGGCAUGUGGCUGCCGUGGGGAGUGAGUGUCGCUGGGCUUCUUGUAGAGGGAGGUGGCCCAAGGAAGAGGUCUGCUCUCUCCGAGGGCAAAGUCGGUGAGAUCCGGAAAUCAUUGACCAGGUGGUGGCUAGUGUGACCAGUGUCGUGUUAGCAAAUUAACUUGUUCUUGGGAAGCAGAUUAAGUAGCCGAAAGUUCAGGAAAGAGAAAGACUGAAAGGAGAGGGAGCAAAGUAAUGAUGGGGGAGCCGAAAGGAGAAGAGAAGGAAGUGGAGGAAGGAGGCGAUGGGUGGGGGUGCUGAAUCCUGUGUGUUCAGGAGAAGUUGAAGAAUCAUUCUUAAGACAAAUUCAGAAACAUUUCAAAGUACUCAUUAAGGAGAAUCGGAAUUGGACUUUUUCUGAGUGCAUCUUGAACUGAGGAGAAAGCUGUUAAGUGUGGGGUGCCUGAGUCAUGGGGUGCUGGCCCAGGGUCGGGGGGAUGGCAGCUGCCUGGACUCCAGCUUGUCCCUGGACUAUGUCCUCAGGGGAGGUCCUGGGCCCCCUGCAUGUGCUUCAUGGGACAGUCACUGUGGCAUGUGCAAGUCAGCACUUGCAAAUUAGUUUACUUCAGAUUGUGUAGUUCUGCUUCGUUUUUUGUUGUUUCUUGUUUUUUCUUUUUUUAUGAAUUUUUUUUUUUACUGGCCACUGGCUGGCCUAUUAAUGGACAGUGGUAACCAUCCUCUUAUUUGACCAUAACUCAAUGUGCUACAGAAAGUUGGAGGGAAGUUUUUUUCAGUGAUUGCACUCUAAUUGGCUUGCACCAGUCCCUGCCUUAUGGUCUGGGGAACUUUAGUUAUGUUGAUGCAAAAGGAUCUUAUCCUAGCUCCCUGAUCUGAUCAGUGCUAUCAGAUGGACAAAUAAGUGUCAACUGUUUUAUAUUGAAAAUGGAAAUAACAUUGCUCUUGUGUUUUUCAUGAAAUGUAGCAUUUCUCCUUGUGUGGGACUAAGUUGUAGGUGUCUCCAAGUCAGGCCUAUUCAACCCUGUUGUCAUGUCACGCCACUGUUCCGGAAGUGAUAACUGAUUUGAAAGGGCACUUUUAGUUUUUAUGUAUGAUAUAGAACAUUCAAAUGCAAACACUACCAUGAAUUUAAUAUAUAAAACAUUUGUUGUCAAACCAAUGGGGGGGAACCACAGUCCACUUAUGUGGCAUUUAUUCUUUUUAUAUGAAUUUAUACUGGGUCUGAGAAUAACUUCCCCGGUGUCAACGCUUUUACAUAUCAGAUUUGACUGACCACUAACAUAGGGCCAGGCAUAGCCUAACUUACUGUUACAUAACACAACCCUACAUUGUCUUGAAUUGCUUUUGUGUAAAGGUCUGAACACUGUUAUGGAGAAAGAGUAUUGACUUGCCUUUCUUAAAAACAGAAAAAUAUGUUUUCGGUGCCAGUUUUAUUUUCAAAGAUAAACUUUCUUCUCCCUUUUGAAUUGAGUUGGGGGAGGUUUCCUUGUCUAUGUGUUUUCUUUUCCCCCAAUGUAUUGUGGCCUCCAGUAACCAGAGUGUUCGGGUAUUGACCGGAAACUGAUUGCGGAAUGGUAUCUUUGUUGUGACCAGCAGAUGCCAAACAGCUUGUGGCCACUCUGAUGGGUCUUCUGCAGCUGAGGGGACAGGGUGAACCCGCCCCAGUAAGGAAAAGUUCUUGGAAAGGCCCGUGCCUAAGAGGGAUACAGUGUGGUUUUUAAAUUUUUAUGCAGAUUUUACUUUUUUUUUUAUCAUUUAAACUGAUAAGCACUUUUAUUUUUUUGUCAACAUGAAAUGUACUGAAAUUGAUGAAAUGCUAACCUAUCUUAUGAGGGAAGGUUUUUUGGAGCUUACCUUCCCUGACAAGGUGAUACCCCUAGUCAAGAAAUGGAUGCGGUAUGUCCUGUGCUCAGUGGUUGCCAAAGUUCACCAUCUUCGGGGAGCUGCAGGGUGUUUUCGGGGAGGGUGGGGGGGAGGAUAUUCUUUGUUGUUAUAUUGGGGUUUUUCUAGCAUUGGAGCCAAAGGCCAACCAAUAAACAGCCUUUACUUUUUAAAGUAAAAUCCAUUUAAUUUGCAGAGUACACUUGUGUGGUAGACAGUUAAAGACAAUUUUAUGCCUAUGUACAUUAAUUAUAGUAGUGACAUCUUCUGUUUGUCUUUGAAAUGAAAAAAAUAAAUCAAAGAAAUAAGCCCAACAUUAAAGUGACCGUGAAAGGGGCCACGAAUUGGUCUUUCCUAAAUGCAACGGGUAUGCUGCUAGAAUUAUUUAAUUUUGUUUGUUUGCACUUCUUUUUUUUCUUUUUGGAUUGGCAUUUAAAAAUCAGUAUUUAAGCUAAAGACGCCGUGUUUUAUUAAUUUAACACAUUGAAAGUGACUGCUGUGUAUGUCAUGACCUUAACAAUGUUGAUGCUGUAAGUGGGAGUUCACUGUCAUGUCUAUACUAAGUUUAUCCAUGUUUUUAACUUAAAAUUAGGACUACAGACUAUUUCCCCACCAGCCUUAGUCCAGGGGUGUGACUGUACCCAGUGUGCAGUCCUAGGAACCUUGCUUUCUAGUGCUGGCAAAGAAGAUGUCUCUGAUUACUGCCUUCAAUAAACACGAGUCCAAACUGCUUACAA